AUGAAACCUCCAAUCCUCCCCAAACGCCUUGUAGGCGUCAACCUGAAGAUGUACUUCGACGCGCCCAGCACCACCGCCUACAUCACCGCCAUCGCCAAGUUCGUCGCCCCACCUGCCUCGAUCUCAACCGGUAUCUUCAUCCUCCCCUCCUAUCCCUGCCUGGCCUCCGCCUCCGACCUUUUGGAUAUGACCCCCCAGGUCAUCCUAGGCGCCCAAAACUGUCACGCAGAGGACAGCGGCGCCUACACCGGCGAAAUCUCUCCACUCAUGCUGAAGCAGGUGGGCUGUCGGAUCGUCUGUCUGGGCCAUGCGGAGAGGAGAAGAGCGCCGUUCAAUGAGACGGACGAAGUGGUGGCUACGAAAGCGGAGGCUGUUGUACGAAAUGGCAUGAUACCACUCGUCUGCAUCGGAGAGAAAUCGCGGAGCGGUAUCAUGUCCGAGGGCGUCGGAAUCGCGGUCCGCGAGUGCUCCCCUCAAGUCAUGAGCGUUUUGCGGGCCGUCCCUGGUGACGCACCCAUCAUAUUUGCCUAUGAGCCUGUGUGGGCGAUUGGAGCGCAGGAGCCUGCGAGUGCGGAUCAUGUACUUGCGGUGGUGAAGAGUCUGAAGCAAUUGAUUGGGACGGUGGAGGAGAGGGCGGAUGUAAGGAUAUUGUAUGGUGGGAGUGCGAAGCCCGGGACUUGGGGGACGCUGAAGGAGGGGGUGGAUGGGCUGUUUCUGGGAAGGUUCGCGCAUGAUGUGGGGAAUUUUGAGAGGGUAGUCAGGGAGGUUGAGGAGUCGUGA